GUUAGUGUUUGUAAACAUACAGUGUUGAUGACAUGUGAAGAAAGAGAAAAGAAUGAAGUUGUCCCGGCCAAAGUUAGGGGAGUGUGAAGCUGAUCUAUUACGGCAAGAAGAAGAAUUUUUAAGAAACAAAAAUGUUUCUUCAUCUGCCAAACUUGUUAACAAGCGGAAAGGGGUUGACAAUGACGGUAGUGAAGAUGGAAGUGGCAGCCAGAGUGACUCAUUUAAGAAAAAUCGAUCAAAAUAUGCAUUGUCAAGAAAGACUGUAAAUACCACAGGUUCCACUGUGAGCUCUGGUAGUCUAUCUGUGCUUGGUGAAAUAAAGGAAAAAAAUGUUGGACACUUUCCUAUUGUCCAACCUACAGCAACAUCACAGAGUGGCUUUCCACAAGUUUUCUACAGGGAUAAAACACUAAAACCAAGAGGGAAGAGCAUAUUUUCACAACAAGUUGCAAAACUUGAGGGGUCCAUCAAAACGGACAAAUCUGAACCUGAGAAAGUUAACAAACUUUCUGAUUCAAGGCAAAUCUUCGGAGAUCAGAGCUUCAUAGUCUCUGGAACAGAAGCAGAUGUAGUUCAUGAAGAAAAUCUUAUCCGUUUGAGCAGAAUGUCACAUGAAGAAAUCAUGUCAGAACAGCAGAAGCUGAUGUCUUCAUUAGACCCAAAAGUUCUUCAGUUUAUCCUCUCAAGAAGGAAUCCUUCCAAAAAUGCUUCUGUGGACACAAAAGGGGAUGAAAAUAUGACAGGAAUCCAUGAAGAAUGUGAUGAAUCCCAAAUGGAAACAGAAGAGACUGAAACUAUAAAUACACUGUUGACAGAGAUGCAGCCUUCAUCUCAGUUAAAUUCUGAAAUGGAGACAGAGGAAGCCUUCACAGCUCAUACCACAACAGCAGAUACUGAUAUAUUACAUGCAGUUCCAUUAGUCUCAGAGUCCAAUAAUAAAUGGCUGCACAUGGAUGUAGUAGAAGUAGAAAAGCUUAAGUGGAUGUCAGAAAUACCUGAACCACCACCCUUGCCUUCAGACAAAGCAUAUGCUGCUAGGUUUGAUUUUCAAGGUAUGUUACUGCCAUAUGCUGAUGAGUCAUUAGAUGUAAAUAAAGGUCUCCAUCAUCAUGGAGAGGAACCAGGCAGACCUGGCUACACCUUACAAGAACUGUUCCAGUUGACAAGAAGUUCAGUUUUACAGCAGCGAGUACUCUCUAUAACAACUAUUGCAAAUAUUCUUGAGAAGACAAAAUCUGGUUAUUAUGAUAAAUGUAUGGAGGAACCUCUUCUUAAAGUGAUGUUGGACUCAGAUAUACUGCUUCUCCUUCGCUUCUCCUUAGAUGACAACAUGGAAACUAUGGUCACAGCAUCAUUGCUGGCACUGAGGAAUUUGUUGUGGAAUUUUCCUGAUGAGGUUUGCCUUGAUCGGAUUCUAGGUUGUAAAAGAGCAAUAGAGCAGCCUACAAUUGAAGUUAAGAUAGAAGUAAAGCCUGAGAAAAAGGAGGAAUUAAAAGAUGAAGAAAAAGAACUGAAAGAUUAUGAAAUUGCUCGCGUUGAUACAAUAAAGGGUGCAUUAAGAACUGACAUUAUUUUGAGAUUAAGAUAUAUUUUAGAGACUUUGAAGCCAGGUCCAAAAGCUGUAAUUGCUGCUUUGGAAAUUUUGACAAGAAUAGCAAGACAUUCCCACGAGUCGGUGUUGGCCAUAGCGUCAUGCCCAAGGCUAAUAUCUAUCAUUGUUAAGAACUUCCUUCCAAAGGAUUGGAGAUUAAUUGUUGGUGGAACAAAACCACAGGAUAUGACAUCUGUUUAUGGAGUUCCACUUGUAGAAGCUCUCAAAUUUGUAAGAGUUUUAGCAUCUGGAUCACGUAAUGCCGCCAGUGAUUUAUGUUCUGUAUACCAAAUGCAUGAUGUUUUGAUCAGCUACAUAAGCAUAGAUCCUAGGGAGUGUGCUUUGCCUCAAAGUGAAGCAUUGCGACUGAGUCUGCAAAGUCUGUACUUGUGGCAGACACUUUUGGCCUACAAUCUAGCAACACAGACUUUCAUGGACAUGUAUCCAGUGCUUAUGAGGUUGUUACAGUUUCAUCUGCAUUGCACUUCUGCUUCAGAUGAAAUAUCAACCUUUGCUCAUGAACACGGUGCAGCACUAUUUUCAUUAAUUAACCAAGCUAUAAUAAUUGCAAAGCACCAAAGAAUUGUCCAUCAAACAAGGAGUUCUAUAACACUUCCUGUUGAGCAUUUUUCUAGUUAUAUCACUCCAGCAGAAAUGUGUGCAGAAAAAUGGUUGAGUCAGCUGAUGCAGACAGACAAAUUUACUUUUUCAGGUUUUAAAUUGUUAUCAGCUAACUUCUGCUGCCUAGCAAACAUGUACUCCUGCUGUCAAAAUAUGGCAAAUGAUAUGGUGUCACAACUGGAACAAAUUGAAAAACUUGUAGGCAGUAAGAUUGCAUCGUUUCUACAAAGCGUCAACUAUGGAAACCUUACAAAAGACAUAAAACGGACCUCAUGUUUGCUGUACAAGGGCUUUUCUGGCACGCGACGUGAUCCUGAAGCUUUGCCUUCAUUAGGAGGUCUUUUGUGGGGUGGACAAAAAGUUACUCCUAUCCUGCAAGCCUCAUCUCUCUUCCCAUUCUUCGGAGGUUUGACAUGUUUGUUAAGGGAUGCAUUUAGUAUCCAUAAAGGACUAUGCGCAAAGAUAUGCACAUCAUUUAUCAAUGAAAAUAUGGUAAACUAUCUCAGUGAUCUGGUAACACAGAAACUGAACUUCGUAAAUCACUGGUUUACCAGGAUAGAAAUCUUCUUCUUAUGUGAUUUGUUAUUCUUAUUUCACAACAAGGAUACAAAUUUUUCUUCUUUACUGCAUAAUUUAUCAGUUAAGGUGGUGAGCUUAAUCCCUACCAAUGACAAAUUGCUGAUGAAACAAUUAUUGAAAAAGAUUGUUUUCAAUCCACAUUAUUUCAGAGAUGCAUUGGUGUCAUAUGGUAUUAAGAAUGUUACUCUAGAUGCUGUCAAAACCAUAUCCCCAAUUUCUCAGCUACUGCAAGAGUGUAUUAACAAUCUAGAGAGCAUAUACCAUUGCUAUGAGGAAGCCUUUGGGAUUGUGUCAGUAACUGAGGACAUACUGAAUGUUAUGAGUUUAACAUCAAAUGGAGAACGAUCACUUUCUGAUGACUGGAUGUACGCUCCAAUAAUCAGACUGAAUGAAUCAGGAUCAAGUGGUAACCCUGCCAAUAACAGUGUAGUCCACAUAGCCACAGCUUGCCUGGAAUGGAUUUUGAUUCUUGAAUAUUUGCGUCCCUCUGUAUUGACUUCAAUAAACAUCACUACAAGAUAUUGUCAUCUCGCUAAAAUAUUCAUGUCAGCAAGUGACCUUUUUCUAGAACCAAGAAUUAGUAUUUUACUUGAAUCCAUAUUACGAGAGAUGUUGCAACAUAAUUCUGAAAUAGACUUCAAGAGCUGUAUACCAGGUGUAUCAUCAUUUUAUGAUCUGUAUAAUGAUCUUCUGGAACAAUAUGCUGCAGUAUCUUAUGGAAAUAAGAUUUUUGGGCAGUUUAUUAUUAUACCUUUACAACAGCGGCAUGGAAGUAGCUUGAAGAGGCUUCUGUGGAGUGAACAUGUUGCUGUUCUGCGUGUUCUAGGAAUUCCAAUUGACCAGCUAAUGAUUCCACUGGAGGAACUGCUUGAACCUUGUGAAGUGGAUCCUUCUCUUCUGGAUAUUUAUUUGCAAAGUUUAGCCACAGGAGUUGUGCAAGAAAAGUGGAGUCCUGUACUAUACAGAGUGGCUGUUCAUCAUGUUUCUACAUAUUUAAAACAGAAUGACAACAUUUUGGCCCAUCAAUUGAAUGAAAAAAUUUUGAAACUUGGAAACAAACAGCUUCAGUCAGUACUUCUGAAUUAUGGAACAUGAAGUGAAACUGGAGGGUAUUACUUCUUGGCCAUUUGGUUUAAUGAGCACAAUUUCCUAUGAGAUUGUUUUUAACUAUGUAACCUCUGAUUUGUAAUUAUUGAUAACUGUAUAUAUUGUAAAUGUUUAUACUGACAGUGGUCAUUGAAUUUUUAUUUUUGCUAAAUACAAUCAGUGCAGAUGAAACUGGAA